CACGGAUUCUGAACAGAAGCCUCGCACGACUCGACGUCUCACGCAGCGAUUCGUAAAAUUGGUAAUUCCGGUAUUGAGGUAGCACCAUAUCUACGAAAAGUUGCAGUGCUAGUCAGUCUCACUAAAGAUUAAGGUAUUAACGAAAUCAGAGUAUUUUAACUGAUGGCAACCCGUAGAUGGUGAGGCGAUAAACCCAGGAAACAAUCUGUUAUUAUAGCAGUGUCGAGGUAAACAAGAACCAGGAUGUUUGCGAAUGUAACGUUUACCAACAAUACUGAAAAUCUUACGGAUUCACAGUCGAGAAGCAACGAGACCACGAUGUAUACGGCCUUACCGAAGGAUGAUUUCCCGCUAUGGGAAGUGGUUAUAUCUGCGGUCUUUAUGCUAUUGCUGCUUAUCACCAUAGCAAUUGGCAACAUAUUUGUGAUUGUAGCCGUUAACACACAGCGUGCGCUACAACAAGUGCAGAAUUAUUUUCUAGUAUCCCUCGCCGUCGCCGACCUGACAAUUGCUCUUUUCGUGUUGCCGUUUGCUAUCGCCAAUCACAUUAUCGGAUACUGGGUCUUUGGUUACGUGUUUUGCGAUUUCUACACAACUAGCGACUUGAUUUGUUGCACCGCAUCUAUUUGUAAUUUGUGUGCUAUCGCGAUUGACCGAUACCUCGCAAUAACAGACCCUAUCAAUUACGCCAGCAGACGCACCAAAAGGAACAUCUUGUUGUCUAUCGCCGUGGUGUGGAUUGUUAGCGCGGUGAUCUCUUUUCCUCCUAUACUUGGAUGGAACGACUACACCGAUCGAGGACCUAAUCAGAACCAGUGGCGGAUGGUAUGUCACAUUACAACAGAAAAAGGAUACAUUGCGUUUUCGGCUGUGGCAGCAUUUUUCCUGCCGCUAGUCAUCAUGUCUACUGUAUACUAUCGCAUAUGGGUCGCCGCCAAGGACAGAAUACGUGGACGACGAAGAGAAAAAGCAAAUAGCCAGGCAACUACGUACCUGGGGUCAAAUUUGCAAGGUCAUAAGACGGACGUAUCUGGAAAGGGGUCAAAAAACAAAUCAAUAGACAGCGUCGGUGACCAGCACGAAAUGAAGCCACGGCAAACAGACUCCUCUUCACGCAGCGAUACGAAAAGCGGGACCUCGUCGAGUAAUGGAAUGAACAUAUCCAACAAGAUUGCUAGCGCCGCGCAAAAUGAGGCAUGUGGAAGUGCAAGCGUGUCUAUCUCUAGUUUUCAUGUCAAAAUGCACCAGGAGAAACAGAAAAUCAACGUAAUGCGCGAACGCAAAGCAGCUACGACACUUGGGAUUGUAAUGGGACUCUUCAUAUUGUGCUGGUUGCCGUAUUUUCUGAUGUAUGUCAUUAUACCUUUCUGCGAAUGUGGGGCACCAGUUAGACAGUUGGAAGCCUUUAUUGUAUGGCUUGGAUACGUAAAUAGUGCUCUAAACCCUAUCGUAUAUACAAUUUUCAAUAAAGAUUUUAGGAAAGCAUUUCACAAGCUGAUAGUCAGAAGAAUUCCACUACCAGGUAGACGACAUUGA